UAUAAAUUCGGUGUCGGCAUUGGCUGAUUUGCGCAGUGUGCGCAACUUCCUCUCGGCGCAGCCAACUAUUGAUCGAGCUGCGCAAAUGACAUAGACUUUAAGUACCAACUACUUGAAAUAUUAUUCCAUUAUCCUACAUUCGACAUGGCCGUCUUCAUGAUAAACAUCUGUAAAUUUAAUGGCUGCGGCAUAACAUUUCCACGACUAGCGGAUUUAAUUGAACACAUCGAAGACGUUCAUAUCGAUUACGAUCCAGCAGUCGUCGAGCAGAAAGAAGCAUCGCAGCCAGCAUGUAUUCCGCUAAGUUAUGUUCUAAAAUUUUUCACGGAAGCCUCGAGGCGGGAAAUUCAAAAUAUGCCAGCAGCGGCCGACGUGCGCCGGCGUUUGCUUUCUGCGCCAAAAACGCCUUCUGUCCGAAGCAGUACACCUACAGGGAGCGAGGUGGAUGAAGACGAGCUGAUGAGCCCCUCUGAAGACAGUAACGAUUCUUGGACAACAGUCGAGGAAUACAGCUCUGAGUUUAUUCUACGUUAUGGAGUGAAAAUGAACGCUAACGCAUCAUCGGGAGCCCUAGGUCCCGCAGCACAGGAGAAGCCCUUCGCCUGUCCGGUGCCAGGUUGCAAGAAAAGGUACAAGAACGUCAAUGGCAUCAAAUAUCACUCAAAGAAUGGCCACAAAAAAGAUGGCAAGGUAAAAAAGGCUUACAAGUGCCAAUGCGGCAAAAGCUACAAAACAGCACAAGGGCUUAAGAGUCACUCGAUAUCACAACACAUCGUCUCAGCUCCGAGCGAGGCUCGUGCCAAUGCUCCCAAGAUGCCCAACCUCGUAGUCACAGCCUCCCCCGCCUCCCGGCCCCCUCCCACCCCCUCUCUGGACAACAUCGACGCAACGAAACUUGUCCGCAUCUACGACACCAUCAAAACCAAAGAUCUUCCCUCCUUCACUAUCCCCAAACAUAACCUGACUCACCUAAACAUUAUUGCCGCGAAUCAAGGUCAGGGCUUACGACACUCAGUCUUGCUGACUCCGAACUCGUCACCCGUUACCAAUCUCGAUAAAAUCAAGUACGAUAGAUCUCCCAAGGUGACGGUGACCCAGGAAACGUAUGAGGUUUCUAGUUUGUCUAUGCCGAGCGAUCGUAGAGGCUGAGCUGUUUAGUAUACAUUAGUUUAAAUCACGCAGUUCCUAUAUGAAAAAUGAAAAAAAAAAAUCCUCAUUUUUUUAAGUUGUUUGUUGAAGGUGGUGAUAUAGCCUUGAAAGUUAUUUUAAUUAUUUAUUAUGUUCAUAUUAUUUUAAAUAAGUCUAGUCAAAUUACUUUCAAUUUGGAAUGUGAAGUGUUACUAAAUACAUAAAAAACUGAUCUGAUUAUAAUGGAAAGCAUUUAAAACGAUAUUAAUUCGUAUUUAAAGUAAAUUAUAUAUUUUAUCAUCGAUUACGUAUGUAGAAUAGACGUAGACAAUAUUAAGUCUUUUUUAGUUACUGUAUUGAUAUAUAGAUUAAAGCAAUUUGACUAGACAUGCAUGUAUUUACAUAUAUAUUAAUUUAAAAGAACCUUAAUUUGGUUUGCUCAUUUAUUUAUCGAAGUAAAGAGUUUAUUUCAUUGUUACGUUUUGUUAACAUAUUAGUUUGCUGUGAUUGAAAUAUUUAUGUAAUUAUUUUUUUUACCAAAGUGACUUAAAUCGCUAGUGUAGCGUAAAUCCAAAGGAUUAUAAAAAAUGGACGGAGUUAUGCAAAAUGGAGACGGUCCUUAAAACGUGUUUUUGGGCUAUCAACUUGAGUUUCUGCAAAAAAUAUCCAAGUCUUAAGUUUUUAUUUUCAAACAUAUCCAAGGUCUUUUUAUUUUGUAAUGGUUAUUUUACUGAAAAUCUAAUUCUCUCUAAGGUCUGUUUUUGUGGCUGGUUCCGUUUUGCAUAACUACUUCCAUGCUUAGUUAUUAGACCUAUUACGUGCAAUAAGCCCUUUUAAUUUCGCUUUUUAAAUUGAUAUUGCAAAGGAUUUUCAUAUCUGUUACAACAGGGUAAUAUAUUUGAGUAGUAAAGUCCUUUGAGCUCGAUAUCCCUUAACAUUGGAAGUUUCUUUAAAAAAAAAUAACAUCACAAUCGCAACUUCUCGUGCCAUCUCAUGUAUCUACGCUCUAUGUACUUAAUGUGUAUAUCACGCUUACUAAAUUCGUGUUAUACAUUAGAAUUUUGUAUUUAAGUAAUAAAAAAAAUAACAAAAAACAAGCAUUUGCUGUUAAGAGUAUCCAUCUAGGAUAAUAAAUUAUACUCGUAAAUGUGAUAAUAUUUUAGAAAAAAAAACAAAAAAAAAAUGCUUGUAAGCGUAUACCCUAUUAACGGUAAUAUAGGAAUAAGGCCUGAUAUUGUUUGUCCUGUCACAGGAUAUAAGAUGCUUAUAAUUAGUAUGUAAAUAUGUAUUUAAUGUCUGAGCUAUAGGUUUUUGUCUGAAUGUUUCGGAUAUAUUACCUUAUCCAACGGAAACAACAUACGUUUUGGUCUGUUUGUAUAAGAAGCAGGUCUCGUGGUUUUAAAGCAUUAAGAAAAUUCACAGAUAAAUUACUUAAAACUACUGAACUGGUGAAUAAAAUUGAUGUAAGUUGCACCGAUUAUAGGAGUUGUAAAUUAAACGAUGCUAUGAUAGUAUUGUCUCGAAGAGAUUCACGCGCCAUCUAAUCCUAGUCUAAAAGACAAAAGUAUGGUAAGGAAUGCUCCUUCGGAGGCAGCCUUUUUAUUCAAUUUCUAUAGAUAUUAAUGACUAUAAAACUAUAUUUUUUCAUGAUUCUAACAGCUCCGUAAGUUUGAAAGUAAAAUAUUCGACUUUGGUACUUAAGUGCUCUCCGUUCAUGCUUGCCAAAUAUCUGAAUUUCGUGACAUUUUCAUUUCAUGGCCAUUGUUGUAUGAUAUACUUAAUAUUCUUACUGCGUUUUAUAUGUGUUAGAUACUCAUAAAUGUUAAAACUAAUGUUAUUAUAAUAAGAUUAAAAUUCUCUCGUAUUUUAAAAGUAUGGUGAUCAAUUUCCAAGAGCAUGGUACGACGACCUUGAAAUUGUACAUUUCAAGGUCGAACGUAGUGAUAUAACGUUUCUGAUACAAAAAGGUUUCACUUCUGUCACGUGUACUGAUUGUGUUUUAAUUAUUUAUUUGCAUGGCUAGAAACAAAUUCAAUGAUAAGCGGAAACCGAUAGUGUUUGAAGAUAUAAAAAAUAUAUUUUUCCUGAAAAAAAUUUGUAGAGGUGCUAAAAACAAGGGAAUUGGAAAUGUUACAAAUGAAAAUAGGUAACUUUCGUAGUUCUAAAAGUAAUGUAUGGAGAAAAAGGUAUACGGUGCUUAACGGGUAAAAGUGUGAUAUUCGGAAGGAAAGAUGUGCUGCGGUGUGAAUGGUAGAGAAGUGAUAUCUUAUUUUAGUGGUCGAAGUAGAGCGUCACAGAUAAUACAAGUCACAAUUAUAAAGGAUUAAUUUAACUCUUUGCUGGGAAAAGAGAUUAUAUUGAAUUGAUAUCCAUGCACAGAUAAUCGAUUCGAUGUUCGUUACCUAUCUCAAAAAAAAAAUGGCUAAUACUGAGUUGUCAACAAGCGUUGGUGACAAAAAAUUCUUCAAUUAAAUUACGCAGUCGUCAAAUAUUGUUACAAUGUGUAUUAUUGUUGGUGGCUUUCGCAGGCGGUCGCAAACACUGAAAUUGUCGACUAUUUCAAAGCUGCAUUGCAUAACUCCGAUGUCUAAUUGUAACCGAUCAAAUAUUGUUGGCAGUUAUAAAAUGUUAAAAAAGCUCAUUUAAAUGAUAAAGGUGUUUACGAUUUUUUUUUGUUGAAAUUAUAAAUGUCUGUAAUUUUUUAAGCUCCAUUCUAGAUCUUCUUAAGGACUCGUCGCAAUGUGUGACGUUUAUUGUAUGUUUGUCCGUCCUCGAAAAUAGAAAUUUUAUCCGAUGUACUUUUCUCCUUCAGAAUAAUAAAUACAUGUCAAUACUAAUGUUUGAAACAUUUUUGAUGUGUUAUUUAUUUAUAAACUUACUUUAAAAAAACAAAGAAACUGAAGAAAUUAUCAGUUACGCCUAUAGUAUGUUUGACUAUUCGUCGAACGUAACUAAUAUCUCAUUAAAUUAUGUCAUAAUAUUUUUUAUUACAAUACCAAUAAUUUGUAAUGGUUUUGCUGACGCUACAUUGUUUUGUACCCGUGUAGUUGGAGGGAGUCGAUAGUUAUUUUCUUAAAUAUUUAUCCAACAGGUCAGAAUUGUCAAAUUUUCUAUAGUCGUAACUUUGCGUAUAUAUAUAUUGUACUGGUUCAUUACGAUUACUAUAACUUAUAUUGUUUAUUCUAUAAAUGUAUGUACAUUUUAAUUAAGACUGAUUGUUAAAAAAAUAUUUAUAGAUACAUUCGUGUAAUUUUAGUGCGGUUUGAUAUUCAUUUAAAAAACAUAUUAAUAGCAACUUAACUUCUAUCGUGUAUAUUAUAUAUAUGAACGGAAAUAUCAUUGGAAUUACACGUCUGUCUUUAUUACUUGUUAUUAUUUAUUUAUUCGUUAACCUUAGAAAGACAUGGUGUGCUCAUUUUUCUCAUUUUGUUAAAACGUGACUGAAUUUGUGUGUUUGAUAAUUAGUGGUAUUAUGCGGCGAUAUAGGUGUACAAAUAAGAACGAAGAUGAACAAGUUUUAUACGUAAACUCUACUUUAACUCGCAACUUCAAAAUUCUCGUAAGAUUCAAUAUUAACCUCAAACAUUAAAUGUUACCUAAAGAUCCAGAAAUAAUUGUAAUUCUUAUUUUACACCCAAUAAUGCCAUGCUUGUAGCUUUAAUAAUUGCUAGUCGAGAAUAAAUUGAAAUGGCAACUUUUAAAUAUUGACAAGACGAGUGUUGUCAAUUAAAAUAAAAAUAAAUGACCAAUUUUCGAAUGUAAUGUUGUAGGGACGAGUUUUGUAAAGAAAAAGUGUUCGACGUUUGAAUUGAGUAUUCGAAUGUACGGUUCCAAUAUUAUAUCCUUGUAUAUAUUGGAAAUAUGAUAUUCUUCCACGCUAAAUGUUUUUCUUAUACAUUAAUCCAUAAAUGGUUGUGAAUAUUAUACCGACGAUAUACCGAAUAUAUAUAUCUCAAUCUCGUAUGUACGAUUUGUGAUUUCUUCAGGUACUGUGAAAUUGUUUUUCAAUACUAUUUUCAACAUUUUUGGGAAAUAUUCAAUCGUACUUCUUUAAGGAAAAUAAUUAGUAGAACACGGGUGCAAUAUAAUGUAGUUGCAUAAAUGAAUUCGACGUUUAUUUUAAGUUCUGCGAAAUUAAUAUUGCACCUAAUAAAUGCUUUAAGUAAUUUGUGAAGAGAAUUAAAAUUUUCAAUGUUAUUAAAUGUAUGGUUAUAAUUUUUUGUACCAAUUUUGUAUCGUAAAGUAUAGGAUUCACACAUCGGUGUUUUAUCUGCGUACGAAAUAAUACCAACUACUUUCGUUUAUGUCGAAGUCAUGAUUGUAAGACUAAUUAAAUAAAGCCAAACUGCAAUCACGCCA